AUGGGAGAAGUGGCCGAAGUUCAAUAUUUCAGAUCAGAAAUAGCUCUGCUACAGUACUCGGAUGCCACCUUCAAACCCCCACUUUCUCCUCUGUUAAUACACAUUGAUUCUCCCACUCCCAAAGGCCAACCUUGUGCCUUUGAAUCUGAUCCCUCACCCAUUGCACAGAACCACCAGCAGAAUCAACAUCCAAAAGAUGCGUGGCUUCCUAUCACUGAAUCCAGAAAUGGGAAUGCUUACUAUGCAGCCUUCCAUAUUCUUAAUUCCAACAUUGGGUUUCAAGCUCUCAUGCUUCCUGUUGCCUUUGCCACUCUUGGUUGGGCAUGGGGUAUUGUAUGUUUAUCAGUAGCAUUUGUCUGGCAGCUCUACACCAUAUUUCUCCUUGUUCGACUUCAUGAAUCUGUCCCUGGAAUUCGUUACAGCAGAUACCUCUUCCUUGCCAUGACUGCCUUCGGUAAAGGGAUAGUAGGAAAGGUAGCAGCGCUGUUCCCUGUUAUGUACCUUUCAGGAGGUACCUGCGUCAUGCUUAUCAUCACCGGUGGUGGGACCAUGAAGCUACUUUUUAAGACAAUUUGCGACAACGAUAAUGGGCACACGUGUAAUGCACUCUCACUGAGUGCUGUUGAGUGGUUCUUGGUGUUUACGGUUGUGGCCAUUCUCAUUGCUCAAUUGCCCAACCUUAACUCAUUGGCUGCUGUCUCUCUCGUCGGUGCCAUCACCUCCAUCUGUUAUUGCACCCUCUUUUGGGCUCUCUCUGUUAAGAAGGGUAGGCCCAAUGGUGUAUCCUACACUACAUCCCUACACGAAGACUCCACUGUGGCUAAGUUCACUGACAUUCUGAAUGCCAUUGGAAUCAUUGUGCUAGCAUUCAGAGGUCACAAUGUUUUGCUCGAGAUACAGGGGACACUGCCUUCAAAUUUCAAAGAAACAUCCGAAAAACCAAUGCGCAAAGGAGUGAACGUUUCAUAUGUACUCAUUGCCAUGUGCAUGUUUCCCCUUGCAAUUGCCGGAUUUUGGGCUUAUGGAAACCAGAUACCUUCAAAAGGGUUGUUAACUGCGUUCCCACAAUUCCACAGGAGACAAGUAACAAAAUUCUCAAUGGGUGCAAUGUAUCUUAUGGUAAUACUACAUUGUUUGAGUAGCUUCCAAAUCUAUGCCAUGCCCGUUUUUGAUAACAUGGAGAUAAGAUACACGAGUAUAAAGAAUCAGAAAUGUCCACUAUGGGUAAGAACAUGCUUUCGCCUAUUCUUUGGUGGGUUCACAUUCUUUGUAGCGGUCACGUUCCCAUUCCUGCCAAGCCUAGCAGCCCUUCUUGGAGGCAUGACCCUGGUGCCGGUCACAUACGCAUACCCCUGUUUCAUGUGGUUAGCCAUCAAGAAACCUCGUACAAGGGGUGUGGUUUGGUGUUUCAACGUUGUACUCGGUUGCUUAGGAAUGCUUCUCAGCGCUCUUUUGGUAGUUGCGGCUAUACGGACUCUAGCUCUUAAAGGCCUAGAUGCUAACUUCUUCAAACCAUGA